UUAUUUCAUUAAAGUUUAGGUGGACACUAAAAUUUGACCUAAAAUUUGCCAUUAAAUAAAUCUUCUAAAGUCCCCACCCUUCCGACCCAAACGCCCUUCGCCGCACGCAAUACCAGGUUUUGUCUCUCUAAUUGAAUGGGGGAUCGGAACACCGCUGCUUCCAAAGCAAUAUGGCUGAAGCAAGCCGAAGAAGCCAAGCUCAAGAGCGAGGCCGAGAAGGCUGCGGCUGCAAAAGCUGCAUUCGAAGCCACAUUCAAAGACGUUGCCAAUAAAGCUCGUGAAAAGCAACCGGGUUCUGGUUCUGAUAGUGAUUCUGAAGACGAUUGGGAGGAGGAUUUGAGCAACAAGCCCAUCGGCCCCGUGGACCCUGCCAAAUGCACGGCUGCUGGUGCAGGUAUUGCUGGUGGAACCGCUGGUGCUGCCUCUUCGUUUAUGGUUGUCACCAAGGACUCCGACGGGAGGAAGGUGUCGAAUGGUGGUGCUCAAAUAAGUGUGAAGGUUGCACCGGGUGUUGGUGUGGGCGGUACGGAGCAGGAGGGGAUUGUUAAGGACAUGAAUGAUGGUACUUAUACUGUCACUUAUGUGGUUCCUAAGAGGGGUAAUUAUAUGUUGAGCAUUGAAUGCAAUGGUAAACCCAUAAUGGGUAGUCCCUUCCCGGUUUUCUUCAGUGCAGCAGGCACUUCAACUGGAGGACUGUUGGGUAUGGCUCCCACAUCCACAUUUCCUAAUUUAGUCAACCAAACCAUGCCCAACAUGCCAAACUAUUCAGGGUCAGUUUCAGGGGCAUUUCCUGGAUUACUCGGAAUGAUUCCAGGUGUUGUUUCUGGAGCUUCAGGUGGUGCUAUUUUGCCUGGAAUGGGAGCAUCACUCGGGGAAGUUUGUCGAGAGUAUCUUAAUGGUCGUUGCUCAAAAACUGAUUGCAAAUUGAACCACCCACCUCACAAUUUGCUAAUGACAGCAUUAGCUGCAACAACCAGCAUGGGGACUCUUAGUCAGGUGCCCAUGGCGCCUUCUGCAGCUGCAAUGGCUGCUGCUCAGGCUAUUGUUGCUGCCCAGGCACUUCAAGCUCAUGCUGCUCAGGUUCAAGCGCAACAGUCAACCAAAGAAUUGUCUGAUGACAAAGUAGGGAAGGGUGAUGCUCUGAAAAGAACUCUACAAGUUAGCAACCUUAGCCCACUUCUUACUGUGGAACAGCUGAAGCAACUUUUUAGCUUUUGUGGCACAGUUGUUGAAUGCACCAUAACUGAUUCAAAGCAUUUUGCGUACAUAGAAUAUUCCAAACCUGAAGAAGCAACUGCUGCUUUGGCAUUAAACAAUAUGGAUGUUGCAGGUCGGCCAUUGAAUGUUGAGAUGGCUAAAUCGCUUCCCCAAAAAUCUCUUGUGAAUUCAUCACUUGCUUCUUCUUCUCUGCCAAUGAUGAUGCAGCAAGCUGUUGCAAUGCAACAGAUGCAAUUCCAGCAGGCUUUGCUGAUGCAGCAAACUCUGACCGCACAGCAGGCAGCUAACAGAGCUGCAUCUAUGAAGUCUGCAACAGAGUUGGCUGCUGCUAGAGCUGCUGAGAUAAGUAAGAAGUUAAAAGCAGAUGGACUUGGGGGUGAUGAAACGGAAACAAAAGAAAAAUCCAGGUCGCCUUCUGCAUCUCGUGCCAAGUCAAGAUCACCAAUCUGUUACCAGCGAUCCUCACGUGCUAGAUCAAAAUCCAGAUCAAGAUCACCAGUCAGUUACCAUCGAAGGCGGAGAUCACGCUCUUUCUCGCCUCUAUCCCGCCACUCAAGAGAUCGCAGAUCUAGGUCACCACGAAGAUUGCGUCAUUAUUCAAGUUAUGGCAAUGACAGGUUUUCGUACAGAGAUGCCAGGGACAGUGGUGGCAGAUCUAGAAGACGGGAUUCUGGUAGAUCAUAUGAUCAUCAUUCACCUGUUUCAAGAAGGAAAAGGAGUAGGAGUUUGAGUCCUCACAAUAAAAAAUCAUAUCGAUCUGGUUCAGAGACACCAAAAGAUCGCUCACCUGAUAGAGCUAGAAAAUCAUCUCACGGUCGCUCAAGAUCACCAAGACCUCUUAAAGGAAGUGGAACAUCCCCUAGAAAUGAUGAUAUAAAACUAAAAUACAGAAAGCGUUCUAGGUCAAAAUCUGUGGAAGAAUUCAAUGAAAAAAUUGAUGAAGUUCAAGAUAGAAAAUCAAGGCAUCGUGAAAGAAAACAUUCUAGGUCCUUGUCCAAGGAAGAUAAGCAUCAUGGGAGAGGCAGUAGUUACUUAAAUGAGAAAGUGGAUGAGAUGAGAGAUGAGAGAUCAAUACAUCGUCAUAAGAGGCGGUCUAGAUCAAACUCUGUGGAAGCUGAUCAUCACAUCAAGGAGAAAGGGGAUGAGAGUAGGGAUAGGAAAUCAAAGCAUCAUGAGAGGAGGCGAUCCAGGUCAAUAUCCGCUGAUGGUAAGUGUCAAAGAAGAAGUCGGUCCCCAAGAGGUUCAAAUGAUGGCAAAGCGAAACACAGAGGGCGUUCCAGGUCAAAGUCUAUUGAAGGCAAGCAUCACUCUGAUGGUAGAGUUGGUGAAAGUAGAGAUGGAAAAUCAAAGCAUCGGAGAGGCAGGUCAAGAUCAAUAGAACGUAGGCACCGCAGAAGUAGGUUGUCACCUGGAAGUUUGGAGCAGAGUGAAUUGAACUGCAAAAGGCGCUCUGGGUCACAAUCUGAACAAGGCAAGCGUCAUAUAGAUGGUGGGAAUGCUGAACCAAGAGAUCAUAAAUCAAUGCAUGAUCAGCCAAAUAUGGAUAAAGCUGAGGAUGCCACUGCAGAACCAGAUUAUAGUGUGAAGGAUUCACCUAUGAUGCGGAAUGAUGGAUUAUCUACUUCAAAACACAAGAAUCGCGACAUUAAGAAAUUAACAGAAAAAAUUCAAGAUAUGAAAAACAUAGAUCAACAAGAUUCUAUGAGUGAUGAAGCUAAUUCAGUGACGCAGAGUUGUGGGAUUUCUGUUGAGGCAGAGGAACAUUGGAGAAAAGAAAUGCGAGAUACCAAGCUUGUUAGAAAUGGAUUAGAAGAAGAUCAAACUGAUUACUGAAGGUCACCCCCGGCAGGCAAUGUUAACUGAACUGGCUUGAGCAGUGAUUGGACUCUGUCAACAAUGUUUUCAAAUUCUAGUCUCCCUGAGGUUGAAAGCUUACAAUAGAAGCUCCAUAUCAAAUGCUAAAGUUACAUUCAGAAUUGAAAAUGUGAAAUAAGUUAAAUCAUGGGGCUGCUUAUGGACCUAGAUUAUCCAGAGGGAGAUGUUGAUGAUUGAUGUCUCUUAAAAGCUCAAAGCUGGCUAUGAUCAUGAAUAACUUUCUUGCAUUUGGAGUUGGUGGUUCUCAGAAGACUGCCUAGAUUUUAAUUUUUGGUGUUGGGAUAUUUCUACUGGUUGUUGGCUUUUCAUAAAUGUAUGUACUCUUUUUUUUAUCUUUGCAGGUCCAUGUGGAAGGUAUCUGUACUUGAGUCUUCAAGCUAAUCUAAUAUGGAUAAAGUAUCUGAAGAUGUGUUCUGCUUCUACCUGGCUGUCCAUACAACAUACAACAUAGUAGCAAAGCAUCUUUUACUGCUAGAUGUAUGUUAGACUAUUUCCUUUGUUGCUGCAUAAUGAACUUUUUAUUGAAGUGUUUGAGUGUUAAUUGCUA